UCGGCCACUGGGGAAGAUGACGAAGGGAACAUCGUCAUUCGGAAAGCACCGCAAUAAGAUGCACACUCUGCGCCGUCGAUGUGGCUCUAAAGCCUUCCAUUUACAGAAGUCCAUCUGUGGCAAGUGUGGCUACCCAGCUAAGCGCAAGAGAAAGUACAACUGGAGUGCCAAGGCCAAGAGACGCAACACCACCGGAAUCGGCCUCAUGAGACAUCUGAAGUUUGUGUACCGCAGGUUCAAGAAUGGAUUCCGUGAAGGUACAACUCCUAAACCCAAGAGAGCCGCAGUUGCAGCUUCCAGCUUCUCUUAAGAACUAAUAUUUGUACAAAAAUAAAGUGGUUAAAAUU